GCUGCGCUGCGGCGACCCGGGCUUGCCGGAGCUGACGCCGGGGCCGGGGUCGGGGCCGGGGCCGGGGCCGGGCGGCUCCCGCUUUCCUCAGCUGUUUCUUUUGGACAACCCAUGAUAUUUAUUAUCGUGCCAAGUUUCUACAAAUAAAAGAUGGGUGGAUUAUUUUCUCGAUGGAGGGCAAAACCUUCAACAGUAGAAGUUCUAGAAAAUAUAGAUAAGGAAAUUGAAGCAUUGGAAGAAUUUAGAGAAAAAAAUCAGAGAUUGCAAAAAUUAUGGGUUGGAAGACUAAUUAUCUAUUCUUCAGUUCUUUAUCUGUUUACAUGCUUAAUUGUGUACUUGUGGUAUCUUCCUGAUGAAUUUACAGCAAGACUUGCCAUGACACUCCCAUUUUUUGCUUUUCCUUUUAUAAUCUGGACCAUAAGAACUGUGCUUAUUUUCUUCUUUUCCAAGAGAACAGAGAGAAAUAAUGAAGCACUGGAUGAUUUAAAAUCCCAGAAGAAAAAGAUACUUGAAGAAGUCAUGGAAAAAGAAACUUAUAAGACAGCUAAGCUAAUUCUUGAAAGGUUUGAUCCAGACUCAAAGAAAGCAAAGGAGUUUGAGCCGCCAUCUGCUGGAGCAGCUGUAACUGCAAAACCAGGACAAGAGAUUCGUCAGCGAACUGCAGCGCAAAGAAACCUUUCGCCAGUACCAGCAAGCUCUAACCAGGGCCCUCCUCCACAAGUUCCAGCAUCUCCUGGGCCAUCAAAGGACGCUUCAGCUCCUGGGGGACCUCCAGAGAGGACUAUUGCUCCAGCCUUACCCAGGCGCCUUGGAUCCCCUGCUACUUCAGUUCCAGGAAUGGGCCUUCAUCCUCCAGGUCCACCCUUAGCAAGACCCAUUCUCCCCCGAGAACGAGGUGCUCUGGAUAGAAUUGUUGAAUAUUUAGUUGGUGAUGGUCCACAGAACAGGUACGCUCUCAUAUGCCAGCAGUGUUUUUCUCACAAUGGGAUGGCUUUGAAGGAAGAAUUUGAAUACAUUGCUUUUCGAUGUGCCUACUGCUUUUUCUUGAAUCCUGCAAGAAAAACCAGGCCUCAAGCUCCUCGGCUUCCAGAAUUUAGUUUUGAAAAGAGGCAGGCAGUGGAAGGCUCAAGUUCAGCUGGUCCCAUGUCAUCAGAAAGUAUACCCUCACCAGAGAGCCAUUUCAGUGAAGAAUCUUUAGAAGAACAAGAUGUUCUUGAUAAUAGUACAGAGCAGAGAGAUGACAAAAUACCAGUGACAGAGCAGACAAGCCAAGUGAUUGAAAAACCAUCUGGUUCAGAGGAACUAGAAGAGAAACAAGAAGAGACUGGGAAAGAGGAAACGUCAACAAAUGAAGCCAAGUCAAUGGUUCUAAGAGCUGAUUCUGUUUCUAAUCUUGAACCAAGUGGAGAAUCUUUGGUGACGCAAUAGUAAAUAAUCCCAUGUGCCUUCAACUGGAUAUUUGUAGUCUUGUUGAUGUCAGUCAUUGCUUUUUUUUGUGGUACUCAAAAAAAAUGCCUUUUAGAUAUAUACUUAAUGCUAUUCAAAUUCAGAUUGCCUAGCAUCUUCAGUGUAUUCAAGUCCUGUCUCCUAGGCAUUGAAAGUGAAAGCACGUGGUGUCAGUGAAUGUGCAGAGACCCACAUAACUGUUAGAAACUUUGUGCAUUCUAAAGUUUAAAAAAAGAAGAAGCAUUUUUGUUUUCUACAUCUAUAAUUUGUAAAUAAUACCCAUUUUGACAUAGGACAAUUUUGGCUAGAAAUAAUUUCUUUAAUAGUGUUUAAGGAUUGAGACAUAAUUAAGAUUUUGAGUACUUAAUCACUAAAUUUUAACUCCUGCGAUAUUUGCCAGUGGGAAGGAAAUAUCUACUUAGGUGUUUACAUUAAGUGAUACUGAAAGCUGUAACCUUAUUUACAUAGGUAUUGGUACGAAUUCUCAAUAAGAAUGCAACUGAACAGUCAAGUGCAGUGUUUCUUUUGAUGUCUUUUGUUUUGCAGCUGGGCCAAAGGCAUGUGAUGUAUAUAGUUAGUUUAUGUUUACAUAUUAACAAAUAGGAACUGCAUCUGCACUUGACUGUACUUGAAUUCUUGGUAUUAUUUAUAUUUGUAAAAUAAUGAUAUAUAAAUGAAUGCUUUUUUUUUUUUUGGUGUGUGUGUGCUUUGUUAAAAUAAAGAUGACCUGGCAAUGGUUUUUCUUUGUUAAAUAUCUAGACUUCUUCACAUAGUGUUCUGAUGGAUGACUUGCUAUCUGAAAAAAAAAAAUUUGGUAGGAGAGUUCACUGUAUGUAUGUGCUAUGAUAAAUACAUAGUAAAUUAUGAUGUUUUUUUUUUUCAUUUAAACUUUCAAAUUCAGAGAAAUAAGAAAGUUAGUGUUUUUAAUCAAAAGUUAGCAUUUUCUGAUUUUGAAACACAUGCCACUUGUAGUUUUUAACUGAGAGACAAAUGUGUUUUUGGAGUAGGCAGUUAAUUGCUAAUAAAACUCACUGGAUUGAGUGUGUAUUUCAAGGAUCAGGUGGGAAGAUUUUUGCUAUAGACUAGUUAUUCUUAAAUACAAUAUCAUAAUUUGGUCUAGCUUCCUUUUAUGUGUCUUUUCCAAUAUUGAAACAACUAUAGGGGAGACAUGUUAGCAUAAUGUAUCUGGCUAAUAUUUUGGUUAUAAAUGUUCAUUUAAACUAUUCUUUUUAUCAUUUGAAAGCUUAUUUUUAUGAUUUAAUAUCUCAUGUGACAUAUAUUGAAGAACCCAGUUUGUUAAUAGUCUAAAGCAUUAUUCAUGCCCAUAAAUUCAAGCAUGUGGAACUAGACUUGAAUGUCAGCUUUGUAAUCUUGGGCAUUUUACCUAACCUCUCUGCAUACCUAUAAAAUAGGGAGAAUAAUAUCUGUUUUCCAUAGGUACUGGAAUGAUAGAAAUAAUUUAUAUGAUGUGCCUAGCUUUCUUGCUGGAUAAUUAAUAGAUACUAGUUUACUUGGUAGAAUUUAUUAUUAUAUUAAUUAUUAUUGAAACCCUUGUGAAAUAUGGAAGGUCCAUAGAUUCUUUUAUGGCAGAUAGUGAAAUUUGAAAAACAUGAACAUUCAGUUCAGUUGUUCUGGACAGAAAGUUUUCUGCAUUAAUGUCAUAUACACGUGUCUAAGUGAUAGAUUAAAGCAAUGGAGAUCUGAAACUAUGGAAUAUAAUGCUUUUAUAAAAGAUGAGUUCAUUUUUAUGAGUGUGAAUUUUUCACUUGCAUAUAUGUAUGUGCAUCUCACGUGUGCCAGGUGCCUGCAGAGGUCAGAAGAGGGUACUGGAUCCCUUGAAAUGAUAGUUACAGAUGGUUGUGAGUGUUCACGUGGGUGCUAGGGAUCAAACUUGGCUGGAAAAGCAGGAAGUGCCCUUAACCACUAAAGCUGUUUCUGCAGCUUCAUUUAACAUUUUUUUUUCUUUAAAUUUCACUAGCUAUGUAUAUGUUAAUGGCACCUUGUUGCAUCUUCUUACCAUCUGGUGUACAGUACUCACAAAUAAGUACCUCAGAGAAAAGGAAUUUAAUAAGGAAGCAGGUAUUGUAACAGGUAUUAUAAGACACAUCUCCAAAAAGAAAUAGUAGAGAGACUCAGUGGUGAGUGAGUGUGUUCUUACAGAGUGCAGGGGCUUGCUUCUCAGCUGCCACCUUGGGUACCUCGCUUCCACCUGUAGCUCCAGGUCUAGUGAAUUUGAUGCCCUCUAUCUGGCCUCCUAGGACACUAGACUCAUGUGCAUUCUCUUCCCUAGAGGUACACAUAAUUAAAAAUAAAAAUCCAAGCCGGGCGUUGGUGGCGCACGCCUUUAAUCCCAGCACUCGGGAGGCAGAGGCAGGCGGAUCUCUGUGAGUUCGUGGCCAGGCUGGACCGACAGCCUCCCAAACAGAGAAACCCUGUCUCGUAAAACCAAAAAAAAUAAAAAAAUAAAAUAAAAAAUAAAAAUCCAAAUCUUAAAAUGAGAUUUGUAAAACUAACACAACAGAGAAGUAAUUUGUGUAUUUUAAAACAGAAAAUCUUAUCUGAUGUUAAGAUAACAGCUGAAGAGACUCAGACUCCCUGUCUCUGAUUAUUAAGAGUAGUGUGAAAGAGGGAAAGCUGUUAGCCAGAGUGCUGGCCCCUAUCCAUAAACGGUCAACAGGUGGUGUCCAGUGUGACCUACAGACAGUCUUUAGCUUCUCUCUCUAUCCUUCCUACACAGUCCUUGUAGCCGCACGAGUCUCCCCUCAGUUUUGUGGCUAUGCUUUGUCCUUUCUGCAUUACAUGUCAGCUUCCUUUGUUUUUUCUGACAGAGACUCCCCCUCGUCUCCUUGUCUGAACUUGACCCUCUGCCUUGUAGUUCUUCCUGUACCGUGUCUCUUUGUCCUUGCUCAGAGUCCUUCCUGCAGGGGUUUUGUCUUCCCGUCAGCUGUCUUCACCAUUUGCUUGUCUUCAGUCUGUGUGUUGAGGGUCUAGCAGUGCUCCCCUCAUUUAUCACACAACCAGCUUGCCAAAUUCAGUGAGUACUCUCAGUUCUUAACUUGUUCUCCUGUUUGGCAUUUUGAUUUGGCUGAGUGUUCUUUUUCCUUUGAGACACAUUUUUUCCUUUUGGUUCUAGACAUACACUACCAUUAUCUUCUUUGAUUCCUUGUUUUCGGUGGCCUUUGAAUGUUGAUAUUCCCUGGCUUUUACCUAUUGUCAGUUCUUCACUCUGCACAUUCAUUCACUAGGAGCACUCAUCAAUGCCCAGGAAUUUAAUAAUUACCGUCUGUCUAUGAACAUCAGAUCUCUAGCUUGCUCUGUUUCUCGUUCUUCAUAGCUACGUAUUUAACCAUCUACUGCCAUUUUAUUGUGAAAUCAUUCUAUUUUAAAAAGAACCCGUGUUCACACGUGUUUCUCAUUUCACCAAGUAGCAUCAGUAUUCAAGCCAGAAUUUAGAGUGUAUUCCCUUUUCCUUUCCCUCUGUAGUCAAGCUGUCCAUCCCAACUUGUUAACACCUCCCUUCCCCCAGAAUAUUUCAAUGUAGCCCAGCUUGGUCUGGGAUUUGUGGCUUGUGGCCUCAGAUUACUGGGUGAUGGGAUCAUUUUGUGAGCCACCAUUACUUGCUCUCCUCUAAACACUAUAUAUAUAUAAAAUUUGGUUUUUCAGAACAGGAUUUCUCUGUGUAGCUUUGGAACCUGUCCUGGCACUCGCUUUGUAGAUCAGACUGGCCUUGAACUCAGAGAGAUCCACUUGCUUUUGCCUCCCAAGUGCUGGGAUUAAAGGCAUAUGCCACCAAUGCCUAGCUCACUUGAGAUAUAUUAAUAAUAAAUUUGCAUUGUUCCAUCAAACAACAUGCUGCCUGCUGUAUAUAAGUGUGUUUACAUACAAUUUUGGGAUUUUUUAAAAAUUUUUGUAGGGGGGAAAGACAGUUCUGUGAAGGUUUUUGUAUCUUGAGUUAUGGGAAAGAAAUAAGAUGUAGAGAGAAUAAGCAGCUUUCUCUGAGUUCUACAUCGGUGUGUGGAAAAACGGAGAGCUGAAUGUAAACAAAUGAGUAAUGGUGACUUUUUCUUUCUGUCUGUGGAAUUGAACCCAUGGCCUCAUACAUGUUAAGCACAGUUCUGCUCCUGAAGUACUCCAGCUCCUAAAAGCCUUACAUUUCAUCACCAUGGAAUUGCCUUUUAAUGCAUGCCUGCAUCACCUAGGUGUAUACCUUUUAAAUUGGUUCAUCUGUCUUUGUCUGACUGCUUUCUUACCCAUUCUGCACAGUGCAGACCUUUGCUUCCGUCUUCCAGGAUUUCUGUGUUUGAGGGAGGCAGUCUGAAUUUAUGGUACUGACCCACAAAGCCCAGGGCAGUUUUCUCUUUUUUUUUGCAUUACAACUGCUGCUACUACUACCUGCCUUCCCCCACUUACAUACUUUCAGUAUACACACAUCAUUAUUUUUUAGUGUUGAAUAUAUACAGAGUUCUCUUAGCCUCCUGGGUUUCUCAAGCUCUUGUUCCUGAAAUACCUCCUAUUUAUGUAGAUACUCAAGGAAUUCAAUAUAUAAUUACUGAAUUGGAGUAACUCCACUUGAAACCCAAGUUUGGACAUUUUAUUAUUGCAUUUUUCAUCGUGAACUCAUUGUGCAUACUCAUCUUUACAGCAGAAUCAAGUCUGUAGCUGCUGUAGCUUCAUGUGUGUGUGGGGGGGGGGGGAGUGAUUUUAAUUAUGUAAUGAUUGCCAUUAAAUACUAUACACUGAGUUCUACAAUACAGAAUGAUUGUCAGUUUUAGGUCAGGGACAGAGGGCAUCUGAGCCCAGUCAGAUCUAACUUAAUGCAGGACAAUUUCUACUGAACCAUUGAUUUUUCAAUGUUUCAAUCUUGGUAAGUUUAGAAUUUCUUUAGCAACUUAACUUUUGUUUCCACCUGACAGUACUUACCUUAAUUACCAUACAACCUGUUAAGAGUUUUGUAUGUAUCAGUUGAAGGGUAGACUGAGGAGGAUAGCUGUUUUCUGCUCUGGACAAUAGCAUAAAAAAUGUAGAACACACUAGAUAUAGUUCACAAACUAAAGAACCAUCAAAAAAUAAUUCAAGUACCAGGUCAUAAUAAAUCAGGGUAGAAAUGGUUGUGUAUUGAGACCUGUUAGAUCAUAAUAAUAUUAUAAUUUGAAAUAUUUCAAGUUUAUUAAAUUUCUAAGUGUAUUAAUACUGCUGGUUAGUAGAUAAAUAUAUUUUGAAUAUAGACAAUAAUAUAAAUAUGGAAAAUUUAUGUCUUUGGAAACAAAAACUGAGUGAAGAAUUAAAACUUUAUUCAAUUGCAUCAACCUGUGUGCAAUUUGUCUCAGCUUUCUUUUAACUAGUUGACAUUUUCUACUUUAUUUAUUUACUUUUUACUGAUGUUACUUUUAACCUUUUUAGGGCUGGGGGAUGGCUCAGCAGGUAAAGAUAGGCACCUGCUGCCAAGCCUGCUUGAUUUCCAGUACCCACAUGGUGGAAGGAUAGAACCCACUUCUCAGGUUGUCCUCUGACCUCUGCAUGCCUGCUGUGGCAUGCCCACAGAGACACAAAUGAAAUCAUUGUAAAAAUAAAAGACUUCAAAAGAAUUGCUGAAGUCGGAGCCGAGAGAGCGGUUUUUGUAAGCAUGAGGGCCUGAGUGUGGGUCUGUAGCUCCUGUGUAAAAGAGCUGGGCAUGGUGGCCUGUGACUGUCAUCCCAUCACUGACAGGUGGUGACAGGUGGAUUCAGGAUCACACUGGCCAUCUCCCCCCAUUUUCCUUUGGCAUCAAAACUCAUAUAUGUUGCAGGUACCUUGAGAAGAUUAAAAAGUUUUCUUAAAGCCUCCCUCAGUCCAGAAUCUGUGAAAGAGGCCAAAUUUUUAGCUACUCAAGACGUUUUACCAGAUCUCUGGCAUUUGAUUUAGGAAAAUUGUGAAAAAUGUAUUUUCAUGGAAAUAAAUAUUUCUUAGUCUGCUUUGAAGAGUGUUUCAGGCAGGGCAAUUGGUGUACAUAGUUGCAAUGCCUCCUGUUGGCCAGGCUUAUGUUCUAGGUACUAUCCCAUGCAUUCUCUUAGGGUUCUCUCAAUGACUUCAAGGAGAGAAGAGUGUCACAUGGAGAUUAAACUCAUUUCCUAAAACUAUCUGGUUUAUGGGGCUGAAAAUAGGGUUUAAACAUGGUGACUGGAACUGCUUUUUUCAUCACCUGUGAGCAGUCCUUUGGCAGAUGAAAGAAUUAGGCUAAGGCUCUUCAGGUUUUCAUGCUGUGUAGUAUCUCAUGUGCCAUUUGUGCAGGAAGCACCUGGUUGCUUGUUAUUUUUCCUUCUCAGUUCUCAUUGAAUACUGGAGAUAGACCAUGUUUCAUAGUUAUUGCCGUGUCUUGAUCUCAAACCAAAGUAAACCAGAACUUGGCACAAAGAUGUUCUACACAUAAAUCAGAAAGUAGAUUCCUGUUAUUAAGUACUGAACUUGCUUUUGCUAACACAAGAGGUUGAUGUGCUUUCUGCCUGAAAUUCCUAUGAAUAAUGGAGUUAAGAGAAGAAAGUGAGUGCUUGCCCGAAGCACUAAUUGGAGGCUGGGAUGCAUCUUUUGUUCUGGUGCCUGGCACAGGAGAGCUGCAAUCACAUGAGCUAAGCUGGUGAUGACCUAAGCACAUGUGCUGUGCUGGGAAAGUGAGAAAGCAUGGCCCUGGUUCAAAAGAGCCUGCUACUGGGGUUUAUACAUUGCUGAACAUUAAUUUGGGUUCAACAACCCUUUCACUGCUCCUUAAGUUACUUAAAGAACACACACACACACACACACACACACACACACACACACACAAAAUCUCUCUCUGGUCUUGAAUUUGCUGUGUAGACCAUACUGGCCUUAAACUCAGAGGUCCACCUGUCUCUGCCUCUACAGUGCUGUGAUUAAACCUGUGCACCACCAUACCAGGCUCUGUAUUGAUUUUUACUUACCCAUUUCUAACCCGUUUGAUGCUAUGACUAAUGUUAUCUUAGGGCUUUUCAUAAGUUGCUGUUUUUUGAUAUCUGAAUCUAGUGGGGCCUAGAUUCACAUGCCUCCUUGUAUGCAGUAUAAUUUAAGAAUAUUUCCUUUUUCAGUAUAUAGGCCAGUAUAUAGAUUUUAAAGUUGGGUACUUGCCUCAAAGAAAAACAGAGCAAGAGGAAAUGAAUCCUGUACUUGUACAAGUAUAAUUAAGACAUUCCAUUGUGUGUUUUAUGAACUAUAAGCUGUUUGCUAAAAAUGAAUCUGGCUACUCAUGUCUUAUUGUGUAUAGCAAGAAUUCCAAAGCUUUUCUUACUUUCUAGGAGUUGAUACAUUUUAUAAGUUAAUAGUGGUUUGCUUUAUACAGUCUUUCAAAAAAUAAAUUUGGAAUAAACUUUUAUUCUCACCUAUGUGUUCACAUAGCUACAGUGUAUGGAUUUUUAGAUAAGAAUGCUUUGGGUCUUGUAAUUGAAACUGAAUAUAGAUCGAAAUAAAAUUGAUAUUCUUGAGACCUA